AUGUCUGCAUUGUUGGCAGAAGCCCCGAGUGAACAGCCUAUCCGGAUCCAUGCAGCAUUCGAACGCCAUUUUGAGUCAGGACCGGUGGUCCGGGAUGCGAUCAUUGGCUUUGCUGAUGGCAUGACAGUCCCCUUCGCCCUGACGGCUGGUCUGUCUAGCCUGGGUUCCUCGAAACUAGUCAUCAUUGGCGGUUUAGCCGAGCUGUUCAGCGGAUCUAUAUCAAUGGGCUUAGGCGCCUAUCUUGCAGCUGUCACAGAUCGGGACCACUACAAAACCGAAGAAGCGCGAGAGCGUGAAGAAGUUUUCUCGAAACCGCAUGCCGAAAAAGAGGAGAUCCAUGAAAUACUCGCUGACUAUGGUAUAUCUCGAGAGGCGAGUCAAGCAGUCGUCGAUUGCCUAGCUCAAAACAAUGAGCAGUGGAUUCGGUUCAUGAUGGACUUUGAGCUGAGACUAGAGAAGCCCAAUGUUUCUAGAGCAUGGAUCUCAGCAGCCACAAUGGGAGUCUCUUACUUCAUCGGUGGUUUGCUUCCUAUGAUCCCAUACUUCGCCAUGCACAACGUCCUCCACGCAUUAUUCAUCUCGAUCGGCAUCACGGUCGUAAUCCUCAUCAGCUUCGGGUUUGUGAAGAACUACGUCGUCAUCAAAACCAAGCGUGCAGGAUUCUACGGUGCGGCACAGACAUUACUUGUUGGCGCGAUUGCUGCUGGUACAAGCUACGGGAUAGUGUAUGGCAUUGACCAUAGCAAUCUGCAAACCUAG